AUGAGGAAGGUACACCCUGGUGCAUGUGUGAGUGAGACAGCGUGGGAGAAGUCAAAUAGUGGUGUUGGUGGUGGUGAUGAUGCAGUGGUUCUUACAGUGUGGAAGAAGUCUCUCCUCCCAAAUUGCCAUGGAUUCACCGUUUUCGACACUAACAGAGGGAAUCUGGUGUUCAGGGUGGAUAACUACAUUGGAGGGAACAAGGAUCACAUACUUCUCAUGGACGCUGCAGGCAAUCCUCUCCUCACUAUCCGCCGCAAGAGGCUGAGCUUGGGAGACACCUGGCUGGUGUUUGAAGGAGAGGACGAGUCUCUGAAGCCACUUUUUACAGCGAGGAAGAGUGGCAGCAUCUUGAACAACAGCAACAACAAGUGUUUGGCACACUUCCUGAGCUCCUUUGGAACAGGAAAUAUGAAGAAGGAAGUUGCGUAUGAGAUAGAGGGNUGCUACGCNCGGCGNUGCUGCACGUUUUACAGCAAGAACAGGAGAAAAGUUGCAGAGAUAAAGAUGAAAGAAGGUGANGCAGGAGGGGUAGCUUUUGGCGCAGACAUCUUCCGUCUCAUUGUACAGCCUGAGAUGGACACCGCUCUCGCCAUGGCCUUUCUCAUCAUCCUUGAUCACAUGUUUGGAUCCCGUUGACUUCACAACUUCAUUGCUUAAAUUCAUGCAACAUGUCAAUCAUUAUUAUCCCCAUCUGCUUGGUUUUUCAUUUUAUACAAAAUACCAAGCUUUAUCAGAUUACCGUGUAAA